CAAAACAGAGGCAGAGGGAACUGAGACAGUGAGAGAGGGAAGAAGGGAAGCGAGGCAGCAAAAAACAAAAAGACAAGAUCAGAGGUAAAGUGUGGGAAAAGGGAGGAGAGGAGAGCAAAGGAGAGUGGAGACUCGUGGACCAGAGAGGCAGAGAAAUAAAGACGUGCAGCAGGAGAAGAAAGAGAAAAGGGGGGAAAAGGAGAGCGGCGAAGAAACAAGAGACAGCUGAGACACUGAGACGGACGGACCGACCCGGCAACCACAGAGAAAGAUGCACGCCUUCCUGCUGCUCGGCUGCUUCGUCCUCGCCACGACCGAGCUCGUCCGCGGCUCGGCCCACAUGAUCCCCGACGAGAGACUCUCCACCAACAAGGUGGUCGUGUCAAACGCUCUGUCGCAAAGCCUGGACGUAGGCUCGCCCCCCGUCCUCAUCGUUGAGUUACCCAAAUCAGCGAAGAGCAAGAGAAAGAAACAAAAAAAGAAGAAAUUUGGCGCCAAACGCCCGCCUCCCCCUGCGAACUGCAUUCCCUUGUGGGGAAGCUGUAAAUCUCCGGGCAACGUGUGCUGCGAUUUCUGCGCCUUCUGCCAGUGUCGGGUCUUCAGAACUGUGUGUUACUGUCGAAUGGGCAACCCUCGCUGCUGAACGGCCGUCCGCAACCUUUGCCAUCUCCAAGCUAACAGAGCAAAACUUUACGCUAAAGCGAGGGCGACUGGAAGCGAGGUGGAUCGCUUCCUGCAGUGGUCCUUGAUUUGUAACUCUUCCUUCAGUCUACUGCAUGAAAGCACUUUAUCACAGAGGACUGCACCACAGUGAACUUUCCUACGACCCUACAGGGUGUACUGCUUGUAGCACUGCCAAGAAACUCACACAUAAAAUGCUUCAAACUGGUUUUUGUUUUGACUUUUUCGCAUGCAUUGAUAGAAUAUAUGUAACUAUUUUAUAUAUUACUUUAUUUUUACACAGAAAUACAUGAUAGUUCAUUGUUUUUUAGCAGCCUUGUAAGAUUAAAGUCCUUGUACUAUGUUUUCAACAGAGAUUUUUGUGUUAUUGAGCUUGUGAGACCAAAUAUAAACUGUUUGUUGAAAUUUCCGUCUAUCCAUUAUCUAUACCGCUUUAUCCUUUUUUUAAGGGUGACGGGGGGGGGGGCCUCCUCCAAAAUUUGAGGCAGGAUUCGACCAAUCACAGAACUGAUAGCUUUGCUCUGCUGUAUCUGCUAUUUAAUGAAUGACAUGAUAUGUUGUGUAGCCUGCUAACGUAACGUAAGGUAGCGAAUCUCCGUAAUUGUUGGAAAAUGGACGAUCGCCAUCUGCGCCUCGCGCCUAGUGCAUGUGGCAAAUAUGGGUGCGACAGAGGGAAGGUUACAUCCAGUGAUCUCAGAUGCUAUAUCAUAUUUAGAUUAUUUACACAGAUUCAAUCCUUGGUAUUUAGUGAACACAGCAGGGCUGAACGAAACCUCCCUUAAGGGGGCCGCAGUGUUGAGGAUCCUAUAGGCCUAGAGAGCAUGUCACCCAACCCAACUUCCUAUACAACAGAAAUUCUAAUAUCCAGGUGCAAAGAAACCGAUUAAUACCUCAGCAUCUGAAGUUUGUCAAGAGGUUUCAGGGGUACGAUGGAAUUAAACCUCCAGGACCAGCAGCACAAUACUCUGUUGGCACGCCACAGCAAUCCUCAACCGACAGGCAAACUGAAGCACGUCCAUGUCCAACAUCGGAUAAAUGAAGACAGAACAGUCCCUUUUCAACAUCUUCAUAACAGAAGUCAGAGCAGCAGGCCUAUCAUCAUUUAAACUGACAACAUCAGACUUCUCGGGUCCAGGAAUAACAACAGCAGAUUUGAAACAUGCAGGGUCGUUACGUAGCCUGAGAGACCAGUGUGCAAAUAUAUGGAAACAGAGGCAAGUUGGUUGGCACAGCACCUUAAAGUGAAAGCAGACGCCGGUCUGGUUCUGCUGUCGUUCCUUGCCAUGUUGUCUUCAGAGCGGAGUUUUAACAUCAUGUUCUUUAACCACAAAAGGAGCGAGAGAACUCAAAGUUGUUCCAACUGACUUGGAUCAUCCCUGCGUGGACCCUGCUGGACCCCACCUUUUAUCUUUGGCUCAUCACCACAUGCAUCAACAAAAACACUCUGCAAUCACCACCAAGGUCCGUCGUCUCCCCGGCCUGGGGGUGGACCACGUAAUAGCUUUCAACUGU